GCAGCAGAAGUUAACGCACACAUCAUGUCUUCCUCGCACGUUCUCCACGCAGCUCUUCUAGUCAUCUCGGUAGCCUACGUUGCUGCUGGUCCGAAAGCUCUUGGGUUCGAGUGCAAAGAGGAAGGCCGCUUCCCCAACCCUUCAGACUGCACGUCCUUCUUCACGUGCGUGAAGGACAACGACGGGGACUACGUAUCCUUCGAAGGAUCCUGCAGAGGAUACGCCUUUGACGCCGGACGACAAGUCUGCGUCUCUACUGAAACAGUUCCUGAUUGCUCACCCCGUAAAUCAAGGCAUAUUAGCUCCAAUCCUCAAUAUGCCGAGCUCUGUACGAACGACUCGUUCAUUUGCGUGGACUGCAAGACGGUCAUCAACUGCGUUAAUGGCACAGCCUUCGAAGACUCCACUUGUACGUCUGGCUUCACAUGUCAGACGCCAGCAUCUUUCGAGGGCCAGGCCACUUGUUACACAACACAAACCCAAGACAAUGAGUGUCAGUGUGAGGAAGACAACCAUUUUGAGACAGAUCCUUAUAAUCCCAACGGAUUCUACUUCUGUCCAUCGAACGGCAGUGAUCCGAUGGUUUAUCAUUGCCCGGAUGAGAUGAUGUUCGAUGAAACCUUGAUAGACUGCACCAACCCUGAAGGGAUCCCUGCAUGCACCAAAAGCGGAGUUUUUUCAAACCCAUCCAACUGCAGCCAGUAUUACAUGUGUAUCCGAACAUCAUCAGGCUGGGCGCAGAAAAUCUUUGAUUGUGAAGACGAUUUGAUGUUCAACGACAACACCAAGAAUUGUUCAGACCCUUGCAGUUGGCCUACGACGACUUUUGACUGCACCGAAGAAGGAAGGUUUGCAGAUCCUAGCAGCUGCGAGAACUUCUACCUGUGUAUCGCUGACCCUGAAGAAGAAGGUGACUUCAUCCAAACGCUAAAGAGGUGCCCCUUGAAUUACAUUUGGGAUCCUAACGCCUCAAACAGCUCCGGGCAUUGCGCUUCACCUACCAACCCCAAAACCACCAAGUGCACUCCAGUCGUCGAGAGCACAUGCGAGAUCCCCAUCACUUGUGGCAACGGGACCUCCCGCUCCGCCCCCUCUCCAAGCAGACGCUCCGCAUUCCGCGGACAAAUGCUAAGCUUCGUUUCCGGGGCAGACCCAAUCCAGAACGUUAUUGACAUCAUGAAUGACGUCAGUUCAAAGCUUUAAAAAUAUCAAGCAUGUGCUCAAUUAAGUAAAUAGUCCAAAUGCUAAGCUUCAUCAGCACUCAUCGGGUCGUACGUCCGUUUGUUAAAUAUAUAUAAUCGUUUCAAGUUUUAUUGUUGUUCCAUUGUUGUUGAUUAUUUAUAGUUAAAUAAAUCUCUCCCAAAAUUGUAUAUCAAUGUCCUUCGACCAAGCACAUUUCUGCAUGCGAUAAGUAGCUACAAUUCUC